UUAAGGCUUGUCCUUUUUGGCUGAACUUUUGCAUCAGUUAUCUUUCUUUCUUUUCUCUCCAGGAGGAAAGAUGAAGAAGAAGAAAGAUGAAUUGAUGCAAGUUCAGCCAAAAAGGACAGGCCUCUAUUAGUUGUAUCAAUAUCAAACAAUCGCAUUUGUCUAAAUUAAGUUAAAUUGAUUAUUUUGAACGUGUAAAAUGGAAAAUAAAAGGAAGAAGCGUGAUGAGGAUAAUUAUGAAUAUGAUCCAGCUCCUAAACAUUUACAAAUAGGUCAUACCAAGAAUCAAGAAAAGCGUCUUAUCGUUAUUUGUCGUCGUUUGGAAAAUUCUCAAUUGGAAUCUGUAAAAGUGAGGUUGGAAAUAGUUUUGAACUAUUGAACUGCAACUGUUGAUCAUACAUUUUGAAAAAAUAUAAGCGUGAUUCAGGCACAUGUAGACCAGAUAUCAUUCAUCAGGGUCUGUUAUUGUUAAUGGACAGUCCGUUAAAUUGAGUUAGAUUGUUACAAGUUUAUAUACAUACAGAAAAAAUGUAUUGAUAGAAAUCAACCAGGAUAU